UUGAGCCAAACUGCCCAAGUACGAGGAACAACUUGAGAAAAGAAAGCGAUUUGUUUCCCUUUCAUUCCAAAAACUGUAGCAAAUCUUUGCCUGUAAAAAAGUUAAUAAUCCACACUUAUCCGUAAACCAAAUUAAACACCACAUCCAUUUCAGCAAUUUCUUCCCUUGCUCGACGACGAUCUUCCGCGCACUUUUUCUCUCCUCUCGCAUAUGACUAGCGCUGCUGUACUCUUUUACGGUAGAAGGUCACGAUCUUCUCGAAGCUUCGAUGAUCUAGGGUUUGGUUCUUCUUCUGCAAUUUCCCCUUUUUCCUCUUCUUCUUCUUCAUCUUCUUCUUCAUCAUCUAAUCACAGCAGCAGCAGUAGCAGUAACAAUCACCGUAAUCGACAUCGCAAGAGCGAUUCGCAUCGUCGUCAUCGUCAUAUCAAUUUUGAUGACCCAGAUAAAUUUCGUAAAUCAUCCAAUGUUCCGCAUCGCUCUCCCGUUGCGGGGAAUGAAUCACAUCAACCAGCUUGUCAUGGUGAGUCAUCCUCACAGGACAUCAAUAACAGAGAAGCUGUGCAUGGCCUAACUGGAAGAUAUCAUAGGGACAGCAGGCUGCCUGGGUCUGUUUUGCUCGCUAAGGAAAGGCUUGUGCAAAGAUUAAGAGGUGUAUCUGUUUCUGAAAUCAGGGAUAGCAGAGAAACUUCACCAAAUCUUCCCAACAAUCGCCUCUUGGUAGUCGAUGCAGAUUGGGAAACUAAUGUCUCAAUGGAGGACCCAGCUGCUUAUACAAGUGUAACUGAAUCGACUAUGGGAGAAACUCAGGAGUCUGUACCAAGAGAACCACUAAUAAAACCUCUGGGGCUCACCAAUGAAGCCCUCUCCCAGUUGCACCAUGAGGUUUUCUUGGAGCACCAAAAUUCUGUCACCCAUCCAGUGUCCAUAGCAUCAAAUGAAUGCAGCAUUUGUCUAGAGAACUUUGUGGAGGGUAAUAAACUCAUUAACUUGCUUUGUGGUCAUAGAUUUCAUAGUUCAUGCUUGUAUCCUUGGCUUCAAACUUGCGGCGAAUGCCCAUACUGCCGUACUUGUAUCAUGCUUCUUAGUUAGUUGAGAGAUACUUGAGAGAAAUACAAAGCAGGGAAUCUUGUAUGAUUCAUAUGGUAGUGAAGCGGGCUUUCUUCUGCAGAGGUGAAGACUAUCUGUUAAUCUAUAUGAAUUUGGCACCACCAUAUGUUAUGUAGUUUCCUUCUCCCUGGUAAUAUAGGUACUGUGAGGCCUUGUGUUGUAUUUUGGAAGCGUUUGAUAUGUGUAAUCUUGAAAGAUGAUUGUAAAAUUUGGUUCUUUAAGUGACUUCAUAUGCCCUGUAGAUUUUCUGGAGAUGUUAGGCGUGUAUUGUAUUAUUAUUGUAUACCCAGUUCUGUAUAGUACUACUUGUUAUCUUUGAUUGGACGAAAACUUAGUUGUAGAUUGUAUGUGCUUGCUUCAAACAUCAAGGUUGGCCUACUUGUGUGGAGGUUCCUAUUC